CAGAGAGAGAGAGACAGAAUCCCUCUCCUCUGUGAGUGAAUAUCCUCUCUCUCUCUCUCUCCUCUUUCUCUCUCUAGAUUCGUUUCGGAGCUUUCCUCCAAUGGCGGACGAGGGGGCGAGCGAAGUCACUGGUCCGAUUCGUCGUGUUCUCCUCAUCUCCGCCGGCGCUAGUCACUCCGUCGCUCUUCUCUCUGGAAAUGUUGUUUGCUCUUGGGGAAGAGGAGAGGAUGGACAGCUAGGCCACGGAGAUGCUGAAGAUCGACUUUCUCCUACACAGUUGAGUGCAUUGGAUGGUCAUGAGAUAGUGUCUGUUACUUGUGGAGCUGAUCAUACAACUGCUUAUUCUGAGACGCAAGCGGAGGUUUACAGCUGGGGAUGGGGUGACUUUGGGAGGUUGGGUCACGGGAAUUCUAGUGAUUUGUUCACACCGCAGCCAAUUAAAGCAUUGCAUGGUGUAAGGAUAAAGCAAAUUGCUUGUGGCGACAGCCACUGUUUGGCAGUCACUAUGGAAGGGGAAGUGCAAAGUUGGGGUCGGAACCAAAAUGGUCAACUUGGUCUUGGCACCUCGGAGGAUUCUCUUGUGCCGCAAAAAAUUCAAGCGUUUGAGGGAAUUUCAAUCAAAAUGGUCGCUGCUGGUGCUGAACAUACUGCAGCUAUUACAGAAGACGGGGCACUCUACGGAUGGGGAUGGGGGCAAUAUGGAAACUUGGGCUUAGGGGACAGAAAUGACCGUUUGGUUCCUGAGAAAGUUUCAACUGUUGAUGCUGAGAAGAUGGUUAUGGUUGCUUGUGGAUGGCGGCAUACCAUAUCUGUUUCCUCAUCUGGUGCUUUAUAUACCUACGGAUGGAGCAAAUAUGGUCAACUGGGUCAUGGAGAUUUUGAGGAUCACCUUUCUCCUCACAAGCUAGAAGCCUUGAGUGGCAGUGUUGUUUCUCAGAUAUCAGGCGGUUGGAGACAUACAAUGGCACUAACGUCUGAUGGAAAACUAUAUGGCUGGGGUUGGAACAAGUUUGGGCAGGUUGGAGUUGGUGAUAAUAUAGACCAUUGUGCACCUGUGCAAGUUAAAUUUCCCCAUGAGCAGAAAGUAAUAAAGAUCUCUUGUGGAUGGAGACACACGCUAGCUGUUACUGAAAUACCAAAUGUCUUUUCAUGGGGAAGAGGCACAAAUGGACAGCUUGGGCAUGGUGAAUCUGUUGAUCGGAAUACUCCAAAGAUGAUAGAGGCCCUGAGUGUCGAUGGAUAUAGUGGACAGCAAAUAGAGUCAUCAAAAGUUGAUCCAUCGCCAGGGAAAACAUGGGUCUCACCUUCUGAGAGAUAUGCAGUUGUUCCAAAUGAAACUGUCCAAGGGCAAACAUCUGUUUCCAGCAGGGGCAACGGGAACGAUGCAAACGUCCCCGAAAAUGAUGUCAAAAGGUUACGGCAUUGAAGUAGGUAAAACGGAAUUGGGAAUUAUAUCUUCUUAUGGCUAUUUUACUUCCAGAGACGUCACAUGUCAACCAGCCAAUGCCAUUGGCUCGGUCGGCAUUCUCAUCUAAUUGUAAAUUCAUAUUUAUUGCAAAAUAGCGUCUAGUCCUGUUGUUGUAGAGGGAGAAUAUCUAAACUUCUUUGCUACUUCUUGUUGUACUUUGUUAUUAUGGUCAAAUUGCAUUGAAACACUUGCAAAAUGUAA